AUGAAGCUGAACAAGUUGAUGACGCUGACCCUGGUCUGCCUGGGUCUUCUGGCCCUCUGUUCCCUCGCCGACGCUCUAGGCAUACACAACACUAAACCGCUCCUAUCAGGAGGGGAAAGUGAUGCCGCACGCCGUGGCGGGGACAAGGACUGGAGCCCCCACGACUACGAUGACCAUGGCGACAAGAAGUGCUACUGGAAGUGCGCCAAGGUGUGCCGCCCCAAGAAGCCGUGCCAUGGAUCGACCACUACGACGACCAGGAAGCUCAGCACCACUACCGGGCAGGAGACCACGACCUCCCCGCGGGAGACCACCACCACAACUGGUAAGCCCAGCACCACGACCCCCGAGCAGUGUUCGACCACGACCACGACCGAGAAACCCUGCACCACCACCCGUGAGCAGACCACCCCGUACCACACCACCACCACGACCGAGAAGCCCUGCACCACCACUCCCGGGCAGUGCUCCACCACCACGCCGUGCCACUCGACCACCACGACUGGGAGACCCUGCACCACGACCCCCGAGAUGUGCUCCACCACGACCGAGAAGCCCUGCACCACGACGCCUGAACAGUGCUCCACCACGACCGAGAAGCCCUGCACUACCACUCCCGAGCAGUGCUCCACCACCACGUCGGAGAGGCCCUGCACCACGACGCCCGAUCAGUGCUCCACCACCACUGAGAAGCCCUGCACCACGACUCCCGAGAAGUGUUCGACCACGACCGAGAAGCCUUGCACCACUACGCCCGAGAUGUGCUCCACCACGACCGAGAAGCCCUGCACCACCACUCCCGAGCAGUGUUCGACAACUACGACUGAGAAACCCUGCUUGACCACGACCGAGAAGCCCUGCACCACAACGCCCGAGCAGUGCUCCACUACCACCGAGAAGCCCUGCACCACUACGCCCGAGAUGUGCUCGACCACGACCGAAAAGCCCUACACCACGACGCCCGAGCAGUGCUCCACCACCACGCCGGAGAGGCUAUGCUCCACCACAACCGUGAAGCCCUAA